UGAUCAUUUGAUUGUAGGCUAUGUACACUGUCAAUAGAAUGCAGUGCAGGACUUGUCCAAAUUGCCUCAGUUACUGUGGCGCUACUGUAGCUACUGUAAAGACAUGAUACAUGAUAUGCCGGCGACAUAAAAUAAGAAGAAGACUUUUGACAACAUGACAAAUCGAUAGGUGUUUUACAGAACAGAGGGGCCAUGACUCUGACGAGAGGGUCGUUCACCUACAGAACUGGGGAGGAGUACCAUGGGGACUGGAAAGAAGGUCGGAGACAUGGAAUGGGCCAGCUAAAGUUCUCAGAUGGAACCUGCUACACAGGACAGUUUGAGAACGGACUGUUCCAUGGCUCGGGGGUGCUCCUCUUCCCAGAGGGAUCCAGGUAUGAAGGUGAGUUUUCCCAGGGGAAGUUCCAGGGAGCCGGGGUCUUCAGUCGCUUUGAUGGGAUGAAGUUUGAAGGAGAGUUCAAGAGUGGUUGUGUGGAGGGAUAUGGGUUACUGACGUUUCCAAAUGGGAACCAUGGUGUGCCACGUAACGAGGGCCUGUUUGAGAACCAUAAGCUGCAGAAGAGGGAGAACUGCCCAGGGGUGGUUCAGCGGGCACAAGGAGCCGCCUCCACCGCCCGCAGUCUUGCUCUAUGACCCUGCAGACACCAGAGACCAGGACACUAUCUGGAGUGGCUAGCAGUUCAGCAACUAGACUCGUCUUAUAUCCAAAAUGGUGGAACAAUGGGUCUCAACCAUGGCCAGGGUACAACAUCCUCCUACAGGCACUCCAGGAUGGACGACAGGGUUAUGCACCAGGGUUGGGGUCAAUUCUAAAUUGAGUUGCGAAUUGGUCUUUAAUUCCAAUUCAGUUCUUGAAUUUGACUAGAAUUGGAAUUGGCCACACCCUGGUGGCAGGUAGCUUAGUGGUUAAGAGCGUUGUACCAGUAACCGAAAGGUCACUGGUUCUAAUCCCCGA